AUGAAGGCCGCGGGGCGCUGCGGGUACCAAAACGGGCGUCGUUGGGGCGACUGGAGGACGGCAGUGGGGUCAGCGGGGCGUACGAGAGCGGUGUCCGGCGCUGACGGGGAUAUUGAGGCCCCUUAAAGGGCACGGAUUGGGACCUAGCUCCGUAACAAAGGUUCUGGUGAGUUCGAAACCAGGCUGUGCGGUCGGAGCACCAACACUACCUAGCACAGGCCGCCCGUUGGUGCCCCAGGCUUUGCUUAUCGUGCGGACCCCUGAAUUUUAAAGUCCUUUGGCUCCCCCGACAUGCAGGGCAGCACGAGAAGAGUGGGUGCCAUGACGGAUGUCCAUCGGCGCUUCCUCCAGCUGCUGAUGACCCACGGUGUGCUGGAGGAGUGGGAGGUCAGGCGUCUGCAGAACCACUGUUACAAGGUCCACGACCGAAAUGCUACUGUGGAUAAGCUGGAGGACUUCAUCAGCAAUAUCAACAGUGUCUUGGAGUCUUUGUAUAUUGAGAUAAAGAAAGGAGCCACAGAAGACGACGGGAGACCCAUCUAUGCUCUGGUGAAUCUUGCUACAACUUCAAUUUCCAAAAUGGCCACGGAUUUUGCAGAGAACGAGCUGGACCUGUUUAGAAAGGCUCUGGAACUGAUCGUUGACUCAGAGACUGGCUUUGCUUCUUCUACAAACAUUUUGAACCUGGUUGAUCAACUCAAAGGCAAAAAGAUGAGGAAGAAAGAGGCGGAACAGGUGUUGCAGAAGUUCGUGCAGAGCAAGUGGCUGAUUGAGAAGGAGGGGGAGUUCACCUUGCAUGGCCGGGCCAUCUUGGAGAUGGAGCAGUUCAUCCGAGAGUCCUACCCGGAUGCCGUGAAGAUAUGCAACAUUUGCCACAGCCUCCUCAUCCAGGGUCAGAGCUGCGAGACGUGUGGUAUUAGGAUGCAUUUGCCUUGUGUGGCCAAGUACUUCCAGUCCACCUCUGAGCCACGCUGCCCCCACUGCAAUGACUACUGGCCCCAUGACAUACCAGAAGUCUUCGACCCUGAGAAGGAGAGGGAGGCUGGCAUCUCCAGGUCGAGCAGAAAGUCCUUACGGACCCGUCAGCACUAGCUGUGUCCUGCAUGGCUCUGGCUGUUGGUGGACUGAUCCUCACGACCCAUUCAGACCAGGGCCCUGACACAUGGCACAUGAAUUGUCUCCCUUGUUAUUUGCGCUUAACAUAUUUUUAAUAAAUGUUUCCUGAUGGUUGCUGUA